AUGCCAAACCGACCCCAGCUAGAAUUAUGGUACCGAGCUGCACGAGAGAUCAACCAACUGUUACUACGCCACUGCCAUCAUGGAAUCUCGGUUGAGAUCAUUGAAACAGACUUGUUCAAUGGAAAUUAUUGUUCACCCGUUGAGUCCAGCCACUCUAUCUUCCCUAAGUGGAAGAACCUUGCGCAGGAGAUCGUGGCCCAUUAUUCCAACAACAAUGACUGGAUUGGCUUGAACUGUUUUCGGUAUGGAACAAAUCCCCGUCGGAGUUCCAAUCCUGUGACAGUAAUUAUUCGUGUCCGCAAAACAUGCCGAAAUCCGUUCGUUACCGAGGCACGAUAUAUUCACGAUAUCCUUGCAGCAUCCGGCGAGGCAGAAGUUGAUGUCUUGUUCACAAAAGACGCGACCAAGUCCUUUGUACUAAACUCGACCGUUCCGCGUGAGGCUACCACUGGAUCAGUCUACCCCGGCGUGAGCAUCGGUGUAUACAAGACUGGCGGCUAUCACCCCGUGCAUCUGGGAGAUCUGUUCAAUCAGAGAUACGAGAUUGUCGGUAAAUGGUCAUAUGGCCAAUUUUCUACCGUAUGGCUGGCAAAAGACAACCGGCUACAGAGAGAUGUCACGUUAAAAAUCCUCAAAGCUACUGCAUCGGAGAAGAGCAAGGAACUAUCCAUUCUCACUGAAUUGUCACAGCUGUCUAUAUCUCAUCCCGGCAAGGAACAUGUUCUUUCACUUCUUGAUCAUUUCGCACAUAAUGGUCCGAACGGUUCACACCUCUGUCUUGUGUUUCCUUCAAUGCUGUCUGAUGGUGAGGCAAUGACUGCACGUGGUAAGGCUCGAGAUGUAACGUUUGUGCGGACUGUAUCUACACAGAUUAUCCUCGGUUUGGAAUUCCUUCAUGAACUGAAUUUUAUCCACAGUGAUUUGCACCCCGCAAACAUACUUUUCAACACGAACCAGAUCAAGCUCCAGAACGUUCUUAUGCCGCCAGAGUUUAGUCCCGUUCGCUGGCUCCCGGGAAUCGAAGUGGACUCGAGUGCUCUACAAUAUCUGAUGAUCUCCCAGCGACCCUAUGGUAUGCUAGAUGAUACCAAUGCUUCAUGCUUGAUGGUUAAGAUUGGCGAUUUUGGCGGAGCAUGGCCUACAAUAGCAUUCCAAUCGAAUGAUAAGAACUCCCUUCCUAUGACUCCCUUCGGAAUGAGAGCUCCUGAAAUGCUUAACGGGCGAUCGUUGGAUAGUAAAAUUGAUAUCUGGGCACUAGGUUGCUUGAUAUUCCAGCUUGCUACAAAUGAACCACUCUUUCCUUUGAUGACGUUCGGAUGUACUAAUGAGGAAUGUCGCGCAAAUUUAAGCGAUCUCGUCACUCAGGCCACUGGAAAUGGCUAUGUUGGCUUUGCCGCUCACCUCAGGGAAAGGCUGCAAUCUGAUUUUGGUGCAGAAAAUAGAGAAAAAUUUGCCUCCUUUCUCUGA